UGUUCCGGCGUUGCGGUCGCUGCCGUGAGAGCUGUGCGGUGUGGACAGGGGAGGGGAGGAGAGGAGCUCCGCCGCCCGUUCUGGCCCCUUUUGCCUUCUCCUCGGCGGAGAGGAGGCCGCCAUGCACCCGGUUUUCCAGAGCAGCCGGCGCGACUUCACCUUCGGGCCGUGGAAGCUGAGCGCCGCCCGCACACACAUCAUGAAGUCGGCGCAGGCCGAGAGAUUGGCCGAUGAAUUACACAUGCCUUCCCUGCCAGAAAUGAUGUUUGGAGACAAUAUCCUGAGAAUACAGCAUGAUCAUGGUUUUGGAAUUGAGUUCAAUGCUACAGAUGCUUUAAAAUGUGUCAAUAAUUGUCAAGGUAUGAUCAAAGUCGCUUGUGCAGAGGAGUGGCAAGAGAGCAGGAGUGAGACUGAGCACACUAAGGAAGUUGUCAAGCCAUAUGACUGGACUUACACAACAGACUACAAAGGGACAUUGCUGGGAGAUACUGCAACAUUAAAGGUUGUUCCUACAACAGAACACAUAAAUACAGAGAAAUUGAAAGCCAGGGAACAAAUUAUGUUUUUUGAAGAAGUACUUCUGUUUGAAGACGAACUUCAUGAUCAUGGAGUAUCAAGUUUGAGUGUCAAAGUAAGAGUUAUGCCUUCCAGCUUUUUUGUGCUGUUGAGGUUUUUCUUGCGAGUUGAUGGGGUACUUAUCAGGAUGAAUGAUACGAGGCUUCAUCAUGAGGCUGACAAGACCUACAUGUUGCGAGAAUACACAUCCAGAGAAAGCAAAAUAUCAAGUUUAAAGCACGUUCCACCUUCCCUGUUCACGGAACCUAACGAGAUCUCUCAGUAUCUACCCAUAAAGGAGACAAUCUGUGAAAAAUUAGAAUUCCCAGAGAAGCUGGAGCCUAAACCAGAAGAAUCACUGGAAACCAUGUGUGUUAAGUCUAAUAAAUAAAUGUGACUUUAUAUGGACUUGAAGUAGACUGGAGAUGAUGUGAUCACGUAUUCGUUGCCAUGGGGGGUAUUUCACUAAUAGUGGAAUGAAGAAUUUGGCUAAUUUUUCUGUAGCCUUAAGAGAAAACAUUUCAAGCAGGUUUUGCUAAUGGUGUUUUUUGGUUGUUUUUUUUUAACCUGUAUCUGGAAUUGAUGAUAAGCUGGUGGUGAGUGAUAAUUUUCAAUGGCACUGGAGAAAUGACAAUUAAGAGUCUGAGUUCUGUUUAGUUCACCAAGUAGGCAGGAGUAUUUUCUGGACCCUCCACCACUAACACUUUUAUGAAGAUUUUGUUAUUGCUGCUUCAGAUAUUAAGAGAUUACUGGCAUUGUAAAGUUGGCAUGAUUUAUUUUUAUUGAGAAAUCAUCCACAGUAAAAAGAAAAAGAAAAAAAACUCAUCUGCAUUUAUUUUGAUCUAACAGUCCUAAACUACACAUUUUGCUUGGCUUCCCCUACUGUGAGCUGAUAACCAACUGUUACUCUCUGAUCCAGAGUCUCACCUAAGAAUAUUCAUUUCAUCUGAGGAUAGGUUUAGGGAUGGGGGGAAAAUGGAUUUGUUUGACACUAUAUAAAGGUAAAAUGACUUUCUUUGUAAAGCAGUUAAUUCUGAUGCCAGACAGAUUUCUCUAGACAGUUCUGGAGACUCUCACUUGGGGUCUGGAUGCUGCUCCAGUCACAUACAAUAUUGGACAUGCAUUGUUCUGCAUUGACCAUUUGUUGGAUGCACUGAAUGGUGCCCACAUGUGAUGGUUAUACUGCCCUGAAAGUCAAAUUGCCAAACUGCAGCAUGGGUUGAGGCUGUGGAAGACAGGGGUGUUUAGUCUGUAAUCCCUAAAGGAUGCUGUAUUUGGAGUUUGACAAAUGAGAUCCUGUAUGGCCUUAAAAGGAUGCUAACGUGUUCCAGAUACAUAAUUUUGGUUUAAUUAUAAAAUUCUUUAAGUUUUAAUAUUAAUAGCAUUGUGAUCACUUGUAUAGUAUGGUUUUAACACUUUGUAGAUUAAACUUAAAUAUUUGUGUUGCUUUUGGAAAUCCUACAGUAUGUUAAUGGUUUGGCCUAAGAAUGGGGCAGCUGAGCAGGCUUGUCUUGGUGUACUGCUGGCUCUCAGUGCAAGAAGCAAGUCACUACAGUGAAAAGCAGGCUGUGGUUUAAGGUGAUUACUGAUUACAGAUCAGUAUGCAUUCUGUUGUCUUGGGGGUUUUGUUUAAAAAUGUUCGUAUUUUACACUGCAUGACUUAAUAGAAACAACUCACCUCAAAACCUGGUAUUUAAGCAGAUCUUCAGAGAAAUGGUUUUCAUGUAGAGAAGACCUUGAGGUUUUUAGGAAAGAAACCUCAGUCUACUGCCAUCUAAGGGACUGUUUUCUUGGUGUCCUGUGUCACUGAUUUACUCUAACUACGGGGAAGACACUUCUCUGUGCCUCCGUUCCCUGUAUGUAAAAAUGAGAGUUAAUAUUUGCAUACCUCACAGAGAGUCUGUGGGGAUUAGUUUGUAAAAAGUUAUUGAUUAGAAUUUAUAUUUUUUUUUCUGAAUACACCUUCAGCCUUAUCUUUGGAAUCCUUUGGAAAGGAUUACUGCAAAAUAUCUUAUGAUCCAUAGGAUAAAAUGAGUGAAGAGAACUGAAAUUAAGCAGUCUCUGAAAGAAAUUGUCACCCGGACAUGGUCUGUGUGACUGAAUUUAUGGCCACUUUGAAAUAGAGGUGAGAUCCUCUAUAUUCCCUGUUACAGUCCUAUAUUCUGUUGGUGUUUUUUCAUCUUCCAGCAUUGUUUCCUAAAGAUUUUGAUGUCAGGGUAAAGAAGGGGGCUGCAAAUGAAUGCAGCAUGGAAGUGAUUAAAAAUUCAUUUGGUAAUAGAAGAUGAUUUGGGUCUGCUGCAGUGUUAGAGGAGUACGGGGAGAGAGUGAAAAGGAAGGGAACAACAAAUGGGGGUGAAGAGGUAUUUUUCUAGUAGAAGUAAAUCAUGGCACUUCUU